GGGGCGCUUCAAAUACACUGUAAAAGAUGCAUAAGGGAGCGAUGCUGAUGCUGGUGAUGCGAGAAUAAUUUCAGGCAAGCUUUCGAACGGACCGAGAUGGUGAUGAUGGACUUCAUUUUUAGGUUCAAAUAAGCAAACGCAAAAUCAAUUCAACUGUCCAACCGUAGACGCGGUUAUUUGCUCAAAUUGCAACAUAAUAGAGAAAUUAUAGGUGAAAGUGAGACCCUGGAUCGGAUCUAUCCUGCGAUCGCUGGAGGGCUGGAUGAGAAAAUUCCUGCUUUCCAUUUCGCCGAAAUCUUCCCUCCAACUGUCAACUACCUACUGGGCACAGCACUCUAGAGAUGCUCAAUAUGGAGAGAAGUGCCAUUUCCACUUCACUGCUCACAGUCUGUUUUGUGUUGGCUGCGUGUCGCUGUUCCCUUGCGAUUCCCUUCUGCCCUGCCCAGUGUGUCUGCGAGACCCGCCCAUGGUACACGCCUCAGUCAGUCUACCAUCAAGCCAAGACUGUUGACUGCAACGAACUCCAUUUGAGCAGAAUCCCAUGGAAUAUUUCAAUUGAUACUCAGGUGUUGCUUCUUCAGAGCAACAAUAUCUCCAGGGUAACCUCUGAACUCCAGAGCUUGGUCAACCUCACGGAACUGGAUCUCUCCCAGAACCACUUCACACAAAUCCAAGACGUUGGCUUAAGUAACCUAACCCAACUGGUCACACUCUACCUUGAGGAAAACCAAAUUAAAGAGCUGCCUGAUAUGUGUAUAAAGGAUCUAGUCAGCUUAGAGGAGCUUUAUAUCAAUCACAAUCAGAUCUCUUCUAUUGGUCCUAAUGCCUUUUCAGGUUUGGGGAACCUGUUGAGGCUUCACCUUAACUCCAACAAGCUGGUGGCGAUAGACAGCCAUUGGUUUGAGUUCCUACCCAACCUUGAGAUCUUAAUGAUUGGGGAAAACCCAAUUCUUGGGCUGCAAGAUAUGAACUUCCACCCCCUCUCCAAGUUGCACAGUCUGGUCCUCGCGGGAAUGGGCCUCAGGGAAAUACCCGAGGGUGCCUUCCAGGGAUUAGAGUAUCUCGAGAGUCUCUCGUUCUUCGAUAACAAGCUCACGGCUGUGCCAAAGAAAGCCCUGCGUGUGCUACCGAGCCUCAAGUUUCUCGACCUCAACAAGAAUCCUAUCGUCCGUAUACAGGAAGGUGACUUCAGAGACUUUCCCCACUUAGAGGAACUCAGUUUGAACAACAUGGAAGAGCUUGUGGCGGUUGAGAGGGGCGCGUUCUCAAACUUACCACAAAUGGCCAAACUGGAGCUCUACAACAACCCUCACCUGUUCUUUAUAGAUCGAGCCGCUUUCCUAAAAAUGCGCGCCUUGCGCACCUUACUGAUCCACAAUAAUGACCUCACGCUUUUGCCCCAUGAGAUUGUAUCCGCUUUCCCCAGUCUGGAUGAAAUCAGUCUUCAUAGCAACCCACUCAGGUGUGAUUGUCUCGCCAAUUGGGGGCCCAUCCUGGGCAACCAAUCGAGCCUCAAACUUCUGGAGCCCCAAAUAACUCUUUGUGCAUCCCCACCUCAUCUUGUCGGCCAAUCCCUUCAGGAAGUGGUGUCUGCAAGUUGGAAUGGGGUAAGCAAUACCUGCCUGCCUCUGAUUUCCCAGUAUGCCUUCCCUCCGCUCCUCAAUGUCACCUUAGGACAGCUUCUAACACUCAACUGCUGGGCCGUGGCAGAUCCAGCGCCUCAGUUUUACUGGGUGACACCCACCGGUGACAAAGUCACUUCUGAAGCUGUUUCCCCAUCUUCAAAUGAAGGAGGAGGAAUGACGAAGAAGAAGCACCGGAUGCAAGAACAAGGAGCUCUAGAGAUCCCACACGUCGAACCCGAGGAUUCUGGUCUCUAUACAUGUGUUGCGUGGAAUGCAGAGGGAGCCGACACCAGGAGCGUCUCUGUGUACGUGGAUAGGAGCAACUGGCAUGGCGGACGCUCUAUUGGAGGUCAUCACGGGGUGUUGAAUACCACCGGAUCCUUGGUAAUCCUGGCAAAAAUUGUCCAUGCCCAGUCUGUGGUGCUCGAAUGGAAGGUGCACCCAUUUGCCGUCUCUUCCAACCAUGAGGUGGCACAACCCAAGUGGCUCAGCGCUACCGUAAAGAUUGACAACCCGCAGAUCAGCUACACUGCAAUGGUCCCCGUAGAUGUCCAAGAGUACAACCUCACACACCUCCUACCUUCCACCGAGUACCGGGUUUGCCUGACCAUGGCCGGCAGCGAGCAGACCCAGCACUCUUGUGUCAACGUGACCACUAAAGAAGCCAGCUUCGCUGUGGAGAUGGUUGCCCAGCCGGCCAAUGUGGCCCUGGCAGCCGUCAUGGGCUCGAUGUUCGCCAUCUGCAUCAUGGCCCUGUUGGUGUUCUACAUGGGACGGCGCAUGAAGCAGAAAUCUUGUCAUCACUCUCUUAAGAAAUACAUGCAGCACACCACCUCCAUUCCCCUCAACGAACUCUACCCGCCGCUUAUUAACCUCUGGGAGAAUGAGACGGAAAAAGAGAAAGAGGGUGCUGCUGACCCUCAAAACUCACAGAUAGACACUUCAAAAACGUACAUGUGGUAGCUGCACAACAGAGACGUUUUAAACAGUACACGUGCUGUUUUGUACAUAAAUGACAAGUAUGUGUUGUCAUUGUGAAAAAUAUCUGUAUUUUUAGAUUGUACCCUUCAAUGCCAAGCACACUUGGUUGCAGUUGUGAUUUGUUAGACGACCAACAGACGUGGGCAGCGAAACACAUUUUAUGCUUUUGCGUUGAGACUGAUUCCACGUUAAGCAUGCCAAUGUGUUAAUAAUUCAUAUCAUUUAUUCAUUCUAUAUCAGCACGACAAUACACAAACGCAGAUCAACACUACUUAUAUCGCUUCACACAUAUCAAAUGCGUUCACAUGACAUCAGAUUCUGGAGUUUUUGCAUGAAAUUUUGCAUGAUAUUUUGGUGCUAACAGGGUGAGUCCUUUAGUUCUCUCACUUCUAAAAAUACACCGGCGUGAGAAGGUGACAUACACGUUGCUCUCAUUGGUCUUCAACUCGUCGCUUUUUAUCACCUGCGUUGUGAUGAAAAUAAAACCUGCCAGGUGCUACGAAGUUGCAAACUAAUUAACUGUCAUAUGUAAUUAAUAUCUGGGACACAACUGCGCAGCUGUGCUUAUUUAUUCUUGCAUUGUUAAAUAACUAUUUAUUGAAGAGUGUGUGGAAAUGGCUGUGUUUAUUAGCACUGCCUGAAAAUGUAUUUCAAAAAAUCAUUAGCUUAUAACAAUUAUGUGGUUCAAAUGCGUGACAUUUACUAGCAGACAUUCACCUUCGUUAAAAAUGAUGGGGCCAUUCUGUGCUUUGCACCUCAUCAUGGACUUUGAUGUUUUGAUUACUGAGAGAUUGCUUCAGUUCUCAGUUAAAUAUGUUGCCAAACUCAAUAUUAACACAAUUCAGUCUUAGUGUGGUGUAUUAGGUAUCAAGUGAGUGUGGAGAAUGGGAACUGAAUUGAAUGAAAAUUGAAAACAAAUCAAUUUUGUUGUUUUUUUUUUCUCCUCGCAUAGAUUAACUAACCUUUAAAUUGCACAUGCCACCCUUAAAACAAUAUUAAUUUUGUCUAAAGGUGUUUAAAACUGAGAACUGUCGAUCAAUACAAUACAAAUGUUAUGCAAGACACAUGCUCAUGUAUCUUUGUUCUGUUUUGUAUAAGCAAAUCAAAUUUUGCAAAAGGUGCACUCAAUAAUUUACCUUAAUUAAGAAUGAUAUAACCCUAAAAAAUUAUAAAAUUUUUUUUUUGUUUUACCGUAGAGAGGAAUCCAGUGAUAUCUAAUCCAAUAAAAGCUUUAACAUGGACGAUUUUCUAUAAAGGCAUUUCAAACCGGAAACUUUAGCUUUAGCAUGACACUGCAUUCACAUUGCUAAUUUUCAGUGUACUGUAUGUCCAAGAAGACUCAGUGCAACAUAAAAAAUGAUGUUAUGAAUUAUUUGAAUGGAUGUCAGGGUAUAUAUAGCUCUGAAGGAGAGUGAGGAAAAUAUACUAUCUUUUUAACAUCUGUUUUCUUGCUCAGUUUUUGAGCUAAUUGUUAUUUUUUUGUAUUUUAUGCUGAAUUUUUUAUUUUACUUUAUUAUUUGUGGGGAUAGAAAACGCACUCAAGUGCAUCCAACUUCUAGAAUUGACAUGUUUGCAGUCAGUUCUAAUAUGAAAUGUAUUUCAUACACAUGUCACAUGAUUUUACGGUGUUCUUUCAUCACUGACUGUAAAUCACAUUGUGUGUUAUUACUGGAAGAAGAGCAGAGAAAAUGUCACCUCAGAUUAAGCAUUAAAUGUUUCAUUGCAGCUCUGCCCUCUAGUGGUGGAGGACACUAAUGACGUCUUACACGAUUUGCUGUAUCUCAGUGAAUAGCAGGGUAUUUUGUAAUAGAGGAAAAAUAUUGUUAUAUUUCAAAGUCAAAAAUAAUGGUUUACACUGUUAAGACGUGUUGUGACGUCCAUGCGCUUUAGUUCAGGAGAAAUGAUUGUCUGAAGAAACAUUUGAGAGAAAUAAACACAAUAUCACUA